GUUACCGGCGCCGCCAAGGAGGAAUCAGUUCAACUCUUGGAUCAACAAGAUCUCUUCGAACCGGAGGGGGGGGGGAGAGGAUAACUGGCUCUUUCGGGGCACCCCGAGGACCGAGGCCGUUCUGGCGGAAGGGUGUGGAGUGGGGGCAGAUCUGGGGUUUAACAAUGGUGAGGUUUCUGGUGAGCUCCUGCUGCGCCCUAGCUGCGUCGGUGCUGCUCCAUCUCGGAUCACGGUGAGGAAAAAAUGAGCGAAGAGACGGCGAAUUCUAACAACGAUAAUAGUUAUGCCCGUGUGCGAGCUGUGGUGAUGACCCGUGAUGAUUCAAGUGGUGGAUGGUUACCACUUGGAGGGGGUGGACUAAGCUGUGUCACCGUUUUCAAAGUCAUCCACCAGGAAGAAAAUGGCUGUGCUGAUUUUCUUGUACAUGGGGAGCGCCUCAGGGAUAAAACGGUGGUUUUGGAAUGUAUGCUGAAGAAGGACCUUAUUUACAAUAAGGUUACACCAACAUUUCACCACUGGAAGAUUGAUGACAAAAAAUUUGGCCUCACAUUUCAGAGUCCUGCUGAUGCAAGAGCAUUUGAUAGAGGCAUUCGGAGGGCUGUAGAAGAUAUCUGUCAAGGUUGUCUGACAUCACAUGAUGAAAUCGAAGUGCCUGCAUAUGGCUUUCCAGCAAUUCCAGAAAACACAUCUAGUUUGCUACUGAAAGAUCAUCUUUUCCAGCAUGAACCUAUAGCAAGUAACGAUCCUUACAAAGGUUCAUGUAUAAGACCCUCAACCUUUGAAGAUUUGAACUCAAGAACAUCCUACUUCCACAGCCAGCCAAACCAGGUACACCUGAAGCCAAUCAGGAAUGUCAGUUUUCAAGAUGAAGAGGAAAUUGUUCGAAUAAACCCUCGUGAUAUUUUAAUACGCCGCUAUGCAGACUAUAGGCACCCUGACAUGUGGAAAAAUGACUUGGACAGGGAGGAUGCAGACUCCUCGUUGCAGUGCCCUAAAACAGACCAUAAAAAAUCAGACUAUUUGUACCCAUCUGGGGAUGGGACUAAGUUGAAUUCACUCAAAGACUCCAAGGGUUCUGUGGUACUUAAAACUCAACCUUCUUCUUUCAAGUUAAAAAAAUCAAAAAGGAGGAAAGAGGAUGGAGAGCGAUCCCGCUGCGUAUACUGCCAGGAAAGAUUUAAUCAUGAAGAGAACGGUCGAGGCAAAUGUCAGGAUGCUCCAGACCCUAUUAAGAGAUGCAUAUACCAAGUUAGUUGCAUGCUUUGUGCCGAGAGCAUGCUCUAUCACUGCAUGUCAGACUCUGAAGGGGAUUUCUCUGACCCUUGUUCAUGUGACACAAGUGACGACAAGUUCUGCUUACGAUGGCUCGCCCUUGUCGCUUUGUCAUUCAUUGCGCCGUGUAUGUGCUGCUAUCUGCCCCUGAGAGCAUGCCACCACUGUGGCGAGGUCUGUGGAUGUUGUGGAGGAAAGCAUAAAGCUGCGGGAUGAACCAGCCUGAAGCCAUAUGGGGCUGACCAGUCUUUAUUUUCAGGAUACGUCUAACUCAUGGAAGCAUGUGGCAAGCAGAAGGGAAAACCUGUCAUGAAUGAGGAGCCUGCUAUGGAAGAAGCAGCAGAACUUGUUGCAACUUAAGAAUGUUGGCCAUGCCUAAUGAUCUGAUUUUAAGUGCAUGGUGCAAGAUGUGAAGGAGUUCUUGCAAAAGGAACACCUUUUUCUUAUGAUUGGUAGCUGAAAUAAGUAUGAACUGCAGUCAGUACUAGAAGGGAUCAACUUCUGCAAUGUGUACAUUUUGUGGUUUAGAUGAUUUGGGGUGGGGCUUUUUGAAAUAAUCUAUUUGACAGAAAGUUCAACUAAACCUGCACUAGUGACAGCUGAUUUAAAACUAAGGAAAGUUAAUAUGGUGACUGCAAGAAACUAAAAUUGAUUUUAAGUGCAACUAAAUUGCUUAUAAAUAGUUUUUGAAGCAACUUUAUGUAUAAAUAACAAAUGUUUAUAUUUAACUAAAUAUAUGGUACGAAUUAUUAAAUCCUUCCCCCUCCCCCCCCCUUCCGAUUGCAAAGCAGUUAUGGGCUGUAUUUCCAGUCACAUUCCGUGAUAGUAUUCCUCAAUAUUUAACUAAUUAAGUUAGUAGCAUUUCUAUUCAAGAUAAACAAAUCAGUACUUUAAAUCCUGUUUCCUCUUCAACUACAUUUUUGUAUCAAGU